AUGCCUGGGGUCCAGUCCAGGCUGCUCAAUCCCGCCGACCACGUGACUGUCCCCCUGGAAGCGCCAGCAGAACCCAGGCAUCCUGCCGCGCUGCACCCCGCCCCGCCCCGCCCGGGAACCCCGAUCUGUCUCCCCUUCCGAUCCCCAGCCCCUGUCCUUUCCGCCCCAGGGAGCAUGCAGAAGGACGGGGACGGCGGAAGCCUGGCGGGGGUCGCCCACCUCUUCGUCUUGGCGACGGCCUGGGGGAUGCAGGUCUGGGUCACCUUCAUCUCAGGGUUCGUGCUGGCCCGCGGGGUCGGCCGCCACGUGUUCGGGCAGGUGCAGAGCAAGCUCUUCCCCUGGUACUUCCACACGCUGCUGGGCUGUGCCGCCCUCAACCUGGCCCUUGCUGCUGUCGCCGGCCGCCCCUGGCACCAGCUCAGCUCCGCCGAGACCCUCCAGAUUGGCCGUGCCGUAGACCAAUGCGAACACCUCCCCCUCGCAGUGCCAGCCAAUCAAAGAGUGUCCUGUGAACCGUGCAAGGGAGAGGAGAUGGCAUCGGCCGGGGAGCCCCGCCCGGCGCCGCCCGACGCGGCGGACCAGAGCUUCGAUUACAUGUUCAAGCUGCUGCUGAUCGGGAACAGCAGUGUAGGCAAGACAUCGCUGCUGUUCCGCUACGCCGAGGAUACCUUCACACCCUCCUUCGUCAGCACCGUCGGCAUCGACUUCAAGGUCAAGACCGUGUACCGGCGAGCCAAGCGGGUCAAGCUGCAGAUAUGGGACACGGCGGGGCAGGAGCGGUACCGCACCAUCACCACGGCCUAUUACCGCGGCGCCAUGGGCUUCCUGCUCGUCUACGACGUGGCCAACGCCGAGUCCUUCAGCGCCGUGCAGGACUGGGCGACGCAGAUCAAGACGUACUCGUGGGACAACGCCCAGGUCAUCCUGGUGGGCAACAAGUGUGACCUGGAGGACGACCGCGUGGUGCCCACAGAGGAGGGCAGGCGCCUGGCACACGAGCUCGGGUUCGAGUUCUUCGAGGCCAGUGCCAAGGACAACAUCAACGUCAAGCAGGUCUUCGAGCGCCUAGUUGACGUCAUCUGCGAGAAGAUGAACGAAAGCCUAGACGUCAGCGAUGCCCCAGCAGCCGACGGCAAGGGGGCGCGGCUCAGCGAGGUCUCGCCCGCACCCACCCGUUCCUGCGCUUGCUAGGGGCAGGCCCCGCCCCCCAUUCAUUCACCACCUAUUCCAAAACCUUUGUCGGCCUGAAAGGGGUGGGGCAUCAAGUCCCCUCUUGGCCCCACCCCUUUCAAGGCGCCGGGGCGGAACCGGGACCCCCUCGAAGCCCCACCCCAACCCCCUCCCUAGCAACCUAGCACGAGCUACAGCAGCCCCCGGGGGUCCGCUCCGCCCCGCCCCGCCCCGCCCCGCAGCUCCCCAUUGGCCGAGGCCCCGCCUCCUUAAAAAUUCCCAAUGAAGGGAGGGGUUGGCUCCGCCCACUUUUCACCCUUUAAAGGAGACCAAAGCUGGGGUCUGAAAUGCCAAAGACCGCCCCCUCCCAAGCACCUGCCAUUUAAACACCUCCCCCCACCGCGGGAGCGGCCAGAGAGAAGGUUCCCCGAAGUGUGUGUAUGUGCUGGGGAGAGGGUAGAGGUUUCAGGUUUAGACGGGUCCAACUGGGAUCAGGGCCCGCCGUGGGGGGGGGGACAAAGAGCCCCUGGCUGUACAGUGCCAGGCACCGAGUAAAGAGGAAACGUCCUUUGAG